UGCUGAUAGAAGUGUAAUACCAACAGUUUCUCCUUCUCUGUUCGACCAGGUCCACCUCAGCUGGUGAAUUUCCCUGCCAACACUGAGGUAGAGUCUGGACAAACUGUCUCCCUCGCCUGUGUGGCAGAAGGUAGCUCUCUGUCGGGCAUCACCUGGAGCAAAGACAACACAAUCUUGGAGACAGAUGGUCCACGUCUCACCAUCACCACACAAACUCUCACCACUACCUCGCUCCAGUCAGUGCUGCUCAUCUCCCCAGCGGAACUGGGGGACAGUGGCAAUUACAGCUGCAGAGUCUCCAGUCCAGUUGGAAACAGCUCUGCUUCCUUCAAUCUCUUUGUGACAAAGCACCCGCUGGUGACUAGUCUGAACUUCACGACAGAGGUCGAGUCGAAGAGGAUUGGGGAAGAUGUGGUGAUAGAAUGCAGAGCCACUGGAGUUCCAACACCAGCUGUGACGUGGAGGAUGGAUGGAGGCCCUGUCCUCAUUAAUAGCUCUGGAAUCAUCAUCAUCACCAGUCCAGAUCUACUGGGUGGUGACUCAUCUGUCCUGUCAGUUUUGACCGUCGUUGGUUCGGAUGCUAGCGAUGGUGGAGAGUACGGUUGCACUGCUAUGAACCUCGUGGGAAGUGAUACGCUCUCUAUUGAACUUAGCCUACUCACACCUCCAGUUAUAGUGAGCUCUGCAGGGGACGGUGAAGUUGUAGUCUCAAACUCCAUCUCUCUGUUCUGCUCUUCGACUGGUGUUCCCACACCUUCCUUCUCUUGGUACGGACCUGGAGACAUGGAGCUGAGUAACAGUACCAGUCACAUCAUCACCGGCUCUGUCGAGGGUGGGGGCUUUGUUUCAAGUUUGACUAUCACGGCAGCAGCUCGAGAAGAUGUUGGAUUGUACAACUGUACGGCAGUCAACAGUGUUGGCACCGAUUCUGCAACGUUUAACCUACUAGUAUUGGAGCCCCCAGAGGUGACAGAGCUGGUGUUCACAGCUGGUCCAGAGGUGGCAGUAGGAAGGACAGCAGAGCUCCAGUGCACGGCAUUCGGAGUGCCAGCUCCAACUCUGUCGUGGGAGGUGACAGGUCCUGCCACGUUCACUACCACCAACAGCUCCUCUGCCAACUCCACUUCCUCUGUUCUCGAGGUGUACCCAGUGGCUCUCUCUCACCACGGUCCAGUCUCCUGUACUGCCAGCAAUGGAGUGGGACCUCCAGCCUCUUCCACACUCAACCUCACUGUCCUAUUUGGUCCUGUGGUGACAGUAGCUCAGACUAGUCAGGAGGUAGUUGUAGGAGAGUCUGUGGCUCUGAGCUGCUCUGCUGAGGGCAGGCACCUCCCACUGGUCUCCUGGACAACUCCAGCUCCAGCCAGCAGUGGCCAGCAUCGACAUCUCUUAUAG